GCGACACUCGAAGAGUCGCACGAUUACACGCAAAAUCUGCAAUCUUAACGUCACUCCUUUUAAAGAAUGCAGUCUCUCCUCCCUCCUGAGCCGCAUUUAUAUUUUCUCGGGAGGGCUUGUCGCUAACCUGCCCGGCUCCCAUGCCUGCAAUGGGCGUACUGCACCGCCGCCACCACCACCAUCGUCACUGUUGUCGCACUCUGCAAACUCUCACAGCCUUCACAUUUCUCUUCUUUGCCUCCGCCACAGCUAUCUCUCUUUCCCAACACGGUAGUCAAGCAGUACCGAGGCAGCACGCCGUGAAGGGCGAGAAACGACUAGCAGGAUCAGCGAUAUUUGAGCGGUUUGUCCCUAGUCGUAGGGCUCUGGGCUUUGGAUCAUCACCGCCUACGUGCCGAUCUAAGUGCGGGAGGUGUUCGCCGUGCUCGCCCAUGCGAGUGCCCAUUCACCCUAGUCUGAGUACUCCGCUGGAGUACUACCCUGAAGCUUGGCGAUGCCAGUGCAGGAAUAAGCUCUUUAUGCCUUAAAAGAAAGAAACAGAAAAACCAGAGCAGAGAGCAAGAAGCACAUGCACUGCGCGCAGAGAAACAAGUAAAUAUCAUGAAUCUUAGUAAAUAAUUUUAACUGUCAUGGUCAUGGACUACCAGCAUUCUCAUCGCUGGUUCUCUUUCAGGUUUAUCUUAAGUGUUGCCGUUUUCUUACCGGGUUUUCCUUUUCUGCGAGGGCCAAGGGGGAGGGAUCAUUGGGAACGCGCGUAAGAACCUGAUCUCCUCCCCCCCCCCCCCCGGGGGGGGGGGGGGGGGGGCGCCCUCCUCUCUCUCUCUCUCUUUGGUUCUGGUAGUUGAAUUAGAUAUGAUGGUAUUUGGCUUUGAGCAUGGUUGGACUCGCAUUGAUGAUAGUAAGUUAAAACUGUAAUUAAAUUAGAUAUGGCCGUUGUUAAUUAAACAAAGGACGUACGUUGCAUAUA